AUGGGCAUUGAUCCCAUUACACACAAACCACUCCAUCAAGAACCAGACCCAAUAAUAAUCUCUCAACAAAUGCCUCAUUCACCUUCUAAUAAUAAUAAUAAUAAUUGCCUGAAUUCGGAAAAUUUCAAUUACAGUACCGGUCAGGAGUCCCCUGAAAAUGCCAACAACCAAACAACCUCCAAUGACAACCUUACCUUCCCACGAAAAAAUUUGACCGGCUAUGAAACUCAAAAGGAUGAUGAUGACGACCCAUUAAUGAGUUGCAUUCAAUCUGAAACAUUUCUUGAUGAUGCAUUCUGGAACUUUGCUAAUACUUCGAGAGGAGAUCAAGAUUACACUGAGUUUGGAUUGUCUUCUUCUUCUUCUUCAUCUUCAUCAGAGGAUUGUAACUCUACAUGGUUGUUGGAUUAUAAUGAUUUUGAUUUUGAUUUGGAGUGUUUCAACAUAGACAUGAGCACAUUUGAAGUGGAUGCGACCAUUAAUUAG